AUGGGAAGUUCAUGCAUUUCUAAUUAAAAAGAUACUGUAUUUGAAGAUUUAUUUAGUACUUAAAUCACCUCAUAAGAGAGAGGUAUCCAAAAUAUCAACUAGACUAUUGAAGGCAACUUUUAGUAAGUUAAAUUGUUAAAGGAAUCCUUAGAAGAAGGAAUCUAAAUUUCUAAUAUUUAAACUAUAGUAAUUACACCAAGAUGUGAGUUAGAGGGAGCAAAAAUUGUUGGUGAAUUAGUGAAAUUAGGAAAUCAAAUUACAAUAAUUUCAAAAAAAAUACCUGAAAGUCCUCAUGUAAGUGAGAGGUCAAUUUCAAAGAAAGGAAUUUUAAAAAAUAAAUAAGAUAUAAAUGUUACUUAAUCAGCAGAUGGAUGUUUGUUAUAUCCAUCUCCAAAUAGAAAGAGUGGAAAAAAUAUCAAAUUCAAAGGGUGA